UCUGUUGGCGCGCCGAAGCACUGGAACGAGCGUCUACACUGCCCUCACAACACGACAAAUAGCCUGCGAGGUUGAAAAACAAUAGCGCGAAUCGAUGACAAACAACUAGUGUAAUUUUCAAAAGGUUUCGACCGGUACAGCGUGGAAAGCGAUGUUUCUCUAACAGCUCCAUAUAUCCUGACUCAAGCGGACUGAAUCGCUGAGAUUAUUUGUGUUACUUUUUUUCGUUUUCUUGGACGCGUGUGUGAAAUAUUUUGGAAGAUGAAAGUGACCAUGGCAAGUUACGUCGAGGAUUUGGUAAAGUGCGGGUUUCUUGAAAUGAAGCUUCCGCGGAAACAGAGAAAGCUCACACACAAGAUUUGGAAAAGAAAAUGGUUUGUUCUGCGAAGGAAAUCUCCGCGGGGACAACCUCGUUUAGAGUAUUAUCUAACAGAGAAAGCAUGCUCCGAGGGUAGACAUCGUACAAGUAUUUCACUGGAAGAUUUAACAUCUGUCUCGCAUGCUCAUUCAAGGACACAUAAUCACAGUUUUUUACUCGUGGGUAUGGAAAUCAAACUUUUUCUGAGUGCGGAUACUGAAAAAGAGUCACUUGAGUGGAUUCAGCUUAUUAAAGAACUUGUACUCCCAGAACCAAAGCUGUAUCCCUCUGUUCAAGCUGGUGACAUUUAUGGGCUUUAUGAGGUAAAUGUAAUUCCUACAGAGGAUUCUGAUAGACUUGAACUUACAGGAAACUAUCUUAUGACAGUUCGUAAGGAAUACUUAUGCCUUCAUGGCGCAAAAACAGGAGAAAGAGUUUUAGAAUGGGAACUAGAUCAUCUUCCACGAUUUCGACUGCAAAGACUGUCACAUCUUCAAGAUUUAGACAAAGUUUUAACAUUUCAAGCGGGAAGGGGCUGUAAAACAGGCGAGGGACAUUUUCAAUUCCUGACCCAACGAGGGCGAGAAAUUUUGGACUGUGUGAAACUGCAAACUCAAAAGCUUGCCAACAUGCGGCAACCUCUUCCCCACGAAAGACACAGAAGACCUUCAAUAGACUCUGUUCCCUGCACAAGAUCGUCUGAAAAUGAGACUGUGGAUAGUCUGACGAGCAACUCAUUUUCUUGAUAGUUAUUUCAUUGGAGCAUUUCAGCCAACUUUCGAUGUGAUGAUAUCGUUUGCGCUCCUCGCGUUCUCAAGAAAUCGACAGAUUUUGAGCACUGUUUGUUGCCUUUGUUUUCCUAAGGUGGACAGCGAAAUGUACCAAACCGAAAUAUUCAACGCACCCUCCGAGCUUGAAAGGCUCUUGUGGACAAUCGACAAAGGGACUGAGAACUAUUAUCGCCGAGAGGGGUCGGAGGAUUUUGGUUGUGUCACAAUGAAAUUUACCUGAUUUCCCCCUUAAGGCUCUGUAGUAUUCGAAUGAUUCCCCCCCCCCCCCCCCACUGGCAGUCAACUUUCUAUAGCAUCCCCUCCCUUUUUAUACUCUGUUAAGAACGACUGUCUCUUCCACCCCCCCCCCCCCCCCCUUUCUGAUGAUGAUGUGACCCACCCAAAAUACUGCGGGCUCCUACCCCUCCGGUCCUUAAAUAAUUUCAGUCGUUGCCAUGGUUUUCUCAAGGUCCUUGGCACUUAAGUACUUCAGCCCUUGACGGAAAGGUUCCAGUGCUAUGUGAGACUUGUGCGAGAAAUUGUGUGUUGAUGAAAGGACGAUAUGGUUUAGAAGGACAACGAAAAAAUGAUUCUCAUAAGUGUGCGAUAUGCACUCAGAAUUGAGUUGCAAAUGGGGCUUAAAAAUCCAACCACCUAAAGUGAAAUUGCGAAACGUAUUGUCUCAAAGAUAAUUUUCUAAUAACAAAGAAACUAUCAUUUGUGAUUAUAAAUAUGAUGCUUACAUGAUAUUGAUCAACUCCAUGGCUCCAAUGUAGUCGUGGAUAAUUCUUUCUCCUUACUUAUCUCUCUUGACUUGUGUC